UACUCAUUGACAAAAAAAUUUUUUCCAGGCUCUAUUUUUUUAAAUAAUUACUAUUAAAUUUGGAAUUAAUAAUGAAAAUUAUUCCGCUGAUCUGUGUGUGAAAUUUAUUUUUUAUUUUGUUUGUAUUGUUUGAUUUUAUUAAUAAUAAUGAUAAACAAUAAUAUUACCCGAAAAUCUAGUAACGUUUGAUUAAUUACACAAAUAUUGAAACAACCAAGUGGUCUAAUAAUGCCGCCGCUAACUAAUAAUAAACCACGAUGAGCAUCUAUGAGCUCAAUGACAAGCUGUCAGUCCUUUGUUGAUGGAUCAGUAGCGGCAUAAUGGUGACAAGAAUGGGAGCGAGACGUACAGGAUUCAGCGUGUUGUCCGGGAGCGGCUCGAGCUUGAACAGUCGGUCGAGCUCCGGAGUCCUGAAAGACCGGGCUAACAUGUCUUUCAUGCUGGUGGUGAUGUUCUUCGCAGUGUUUGGGAUAAUAGUGCUGACGGAGAUAUUUCUAAUUGACGAAAAGCGGGGAAAUAGCAGAACAGGGGCGUUUGGAGGUCAUAGGAGCGGUCAUCGAAUGGGUUCGGCCCUCGACCGACCUGAUUACGAGGAAGUAGUCGCUGAUGACUACGCAACAUUGAAGGGAGGCUUUGACGCUCAAAUCGGGCUGCUUUUGAUGAACAGUAACUUGGAAUCGAAAGCUGCUGAAGCUAUUCCUUCAGAUCCGAGGGGGAUGUCCAGCUUACCCCCCAGUGUUGAAGUUAGACUGCCGUCGCUGGAUCCUAGCUUGCAGAUGACUGAUGCAGAAUGGUUGCCAGUUACUAAUACGAGAUUCAAAUUUUUUGUUUACUCGGCGUAUUACGACGACCGAGCAGUGGGUAGUCGGAACGGAGGAAGCUCCAGCCUGAGUAUGAUCCAGUCAAAAAAAGGAAAAAUAAUCGGGAAAUCCCCGGGCUUAAUAAGAAUAAUCGGAGCAACGAAAACACGAACCCCAGAGCGAGUCUGGUGCCGGCUUUGGUAUCGCUUCGAACGAAACAACACCAACGUGACGUUAUCAGUGACAGUCGCGGCUAAAAUAAAGGUGAUAAGAGAAAACUGGAACCUGAAAUACAGCGCGUGUUUCGUUAUCUGUCAAUUGCCUAAUCAAGCGCCCUCAUUGUCCGAUUCCAAGGCGUUAUCUCUCCCGGAAUCGGUCAGCGUCGUCGCUAAACUACGUACUGCACCGGCGAAUCGAAUAUUUAUACAAAAUCGUCCGGAAAAUCGGCCCAACACCCGACAAGAUCUUGCUAUUUGUGUUAAGCCUCUUCAUUAUGAUUACAAUCGAGUUUUACAAUUAAUUGAGUUCAUCGAGCUUCAUCGAAUAUUGGGAGUCAAUCAUGUGACUUUGUACAACGACACUGUGGGUGCAGAAGCGGAUUGUGUUUUAAAGGAUUAUCAAAGUCGUGGAUUAGUGACUUUUCUUUCUUGGCAUCAUCUUGACAUGAUAUCACAACGGGAAAUACGUACUGAAGGCCUUUUUGCAGCUCUUAAUGACUGUUUAUAUCGUUCAAUGUAUAAAUAUGAGUAUGUUGCUCUUUUGGAUCUUGAUGAAUUUAUUGUUCCACGGCAUAAUGAUACUAUUUUACAAUUAAUUCGAUGGAUAUCAAGCAGAGUAAAUCCAAAAACAAGUAGCGCAUUUUCAUUCCAAAAUGCAUUUUUCUAUCUUCAAUGGCCUGACGAUCCCUGGGUAACUGUCAGCAAGACGCCAACAGAAGCCGGAUUGAUAACACUCCGUAAAACACGCCGUAAAUCAAAAUUACACCCCCACAAACAGCGUUCCAAGUACAUAUGCAAGCCAAAAGACAUAAUAGAAGCUGGAAAUCAUUUUGUCUGGGAAUUUUUGCCUGGACAUGGAACCCUAAAUGUCCCGGCAGACGCAGCGAUCCUCCACCACUACAGAGUUUGUGAGUUCGGUGGUAAUGAUUGCAUUAAAACGCCGUCGAUUAUCGACAGGACUGCUUACAAGUAUCGCGACAAAUUGGCUGAAGAUGUUGAUAAAAUUUGGACGGAACUUAAUGACAAAUGUGUUCUUCCCGAGCUUGAAGCAGUGCCUGCAUUGUCACCUCUCGUACCAAGUAGUCCAGAUGAUAUUCAAACGAGGUAGCAUUAUUAUUUAUAGAAAUUAUAUUGAUGAUAGUAAUAUUAAUUAUGAUUAAUGAUAAUAAACCAUAUUUGUCAACAUUAUUUUUACGAAUAUACAGAAGCAAGCACGGUAUUUUUUGUUAUUUUUUAAUGAAAUAAAAUAUCAAUAAAAUAAAAUUUAUCAAGCAUAUCUAAUAAAAAAAUUAAAAAAAAGUGGUAUGUAUGCAUGCGCUCGGAUAUUGUAAGAAAUUGUGGCCAAAAAUUGCAGAAUAUUUAUUAAAAAACUCUAAAUAUAUUGAUAAAAAA